GUGAUGCAACCAAUCCAGCUACAAGCUCUCAAUCAUCGAAUACACCAACCGCCAAACAAGCUCCUGUAUCCCGACCUCGACCAAACCUCAUUAAUCGCACGCUUUCUCCGAUCGAUAUUCUCCUGCCGGCAGGACCAGACUCGAAGCACAACCUCAAUCAUGGCUCAAGGAUACGCCGUCUUCAUCGGCCUCGUUGUCAUCGCCGCCCUGUGUGUGGCAUCAUGGUUCCUGGCUCCCAAGGGCGAAAACCAAGUACUCUGGCGAUCCUCUGCUAUCCUGGCCAUCGUGAGCUGCUACCUUAUGUGGGCGAUUACGUUCCUCGCUCAACUUCACCCUCUUAUUGCGCCGAGAAAAAGCGGUAUCCGGGAAGAGCACCUCCACUAGACAUCCAUCUAUAAUACACGCCAAGGAAGAGCUGGAAAGAUGACGAGGGCUGUUGUGAUGGUACAGUUGUAAUUUUACAUUGUUGGACUUUUGACACUUGAACUGGUAUUGUUUUUUUAUUACAUAUGGAGUUGGAACGCCUGUUAUACCAAGCCAAAGACGCACUUUGCAGACCAUCAUUUUGCUUCGGACAAUUCCCGUGUGAUUACUUGGCUUCAGUGGUAAAAGUCUAUCCGACAGCAAGACGGCCUGCCCAUUCCUUCGCAUACAUCAAUAACGCCCAUAGAGCUUUGCCGUCUGCUGCCACGCCACUUUCACCUAUCGAGUCAACGUCGGCAAGACCAGCAGCGAGCAGGACAGCCCGGCCGACCACCCAGCGUGAAGCUGCCCCUGCGAUAGCGAGUAGACAUGCUAUGACAUAGUUGCAAUCAAGAAGAAUGCGUAGUGCCUCGACAUUGUUGGCCACGACGGCCCAGCCAAGUGAUCGAGCUGAGGCGGGAACAUCAUAAUCCCAGAUCACCAUCAAGAUGGGAAAUAGCUUCGUGGAGGAUGAUACCAGGAGAGCUGUAGACACUGAAUUGGGCCUCGUGUAUCGAGGAAGGAUGCCCAGAAGGUUGAGGGGAGAGAAAGCGGAGGACGUGAGGAAGCGUAUGCUCACAUGGAAAGCUGCUGUUGAGAGUGCGCAAAAGAUGACUUGGGCAAGAGUUAAUUUAUGAUCAGAGCUUUCUUGGGAGUCAUCUUACGGAAGAAGAGGUAUUGAAAGACAAUCGGCUGUUGUGAAAGUUUACCCAAGUUGCUUGCUCCUGGGAUGGCAUCAGGCACCAUCUGCUUCUCCAAUCGUGCCCAUGUCAAGUAC